CAUGCUAAACUUCACUAGCCACCCUGGAGCAUCAGCAUAACAUUAGCUUGCUAGCUUAAAAACUCUGCUGUCAACAGAGAAUCGUCGUGUUAAAUCAUCUAUGAGUCGCAAAAGAAAUCACAGUUUCUCUGACACUAACCUGUCCCCUGGACUCCAGGGUGCUUUCAUGGAGCCUCCCGGGUCGAACGACGGCGAUUUCCUGAUGCUGGAGCCCGACGAAGAGCUGCUGUGCUCGGUAAACGACAUCAGCGAGCACCUGGGCAGGAAUAUCAGCGUGGUGUUAGAAACGGCGAUCUCCGAGAUCCGCCAAAUGGUCAGCAUUAGGAUACGGGUACUGAAAAUGGAGCUGAGGGAAAAAACAGAGGAGAUCGCGGUGUUAAAGGCGAGGCUGAGCAGCGUGCAGAGGGACACCAAGGAGCUCGGAGGAGCGAGCGUGGAGGCGGAGGCAGCUGCCUGUAAGAGGUCCGAGCCGACCUCCAAGCUGCUCAACGCGGACCCCAAGAGAGCUAAGUCUAUCCUUCCGGGGGUGAAGAAAGAGAACAUCGACGCGAUUUGUCACUACCUGAUGAAGGACAAGAACUCCAGAGGGGGAGCGGAGAUGGACGGGGAGCAGAGCGGCCAAGAAAACGACGACAGAGACGCUCGUCCGGAGGACGACCAGCAUCCCCUCAAUCUGUGGCCGGACAGCGGGGUGGCAGCCUCCGGGCCUGGGCACGCAGACUCCAGUGCGGAUGACAUCUUCAACAUGCUCCCCACUAGCAGCAAACGCAUUUAUGACUACGAGUGGAUGGCUCCCGUGGAGUACUCAGCAGACCUGAAAGUGAUGAAGCAGCCCGAGUGUGAGGACGCUCCAGCUGCCAGAACCGAGGUAGAUGAGGACGAGAAAGGCUCAUCAAGACUUGAACAGACGCCGGCCCGCUUUUCACACAUUCAGACGGCUGAUUUCUCCAUGGUGCCGCACACUUCUCCCGGGGAGGGCGACAGUCCCCUGCAGGGCAACACGGGCAGACCUCAAACAGGUCAGCAGUUUCCCAACCACACCUUCAUUUGCUCUUUGUGCGGAACCUUCUGUCCUGAUUCGGCGUUCCUGGAGGAGCAUAUUAAACUGAUUCACUCGGACACAGAAGGUGUGCAAGCUCUCCAGGCCCUGCAGAGCAUCGUUGCUGCUCCUACCGUUGCAGGGGACAGCAGCACGGUGGGCACGGGACACAAUGAGCUCGGACAGGAUGGAGGAGAAGAUGCGUCUGCCGCCAACAAGGAGGUGAAAAUGAAGGGCAGAUACGAGUGUGGGGACUGCGGCCGCCAGUUCAACUACCUGGGCAACCUGCGGCAGCACCAGCGCAUCCACACAGGAGAGAAACCCUUCGCGUGUCCUGACUGCGGGGAGAGGUUCCGCCACGCUGCUCGCUUGAAGAGCCACAGGCUGGUGCACAGCGGUGACCAGAGCCCCUUCCCUUGCCCCCAAUGUGGAAAAGGCUUCUCGGUCCUCUCUGGACUCAAGAGACAUCAACGCGUCCACACCGGCGAGAGCCCAUACGCCUGCCCGCAGUGUGGUCGCCGAUUUAAAGAGCUGGGCAACCUGUACACCCACCAGAGGAUACACAGCGGAGCCACCCCGUACUGCUGCCAGCAGUGUGGGCGCAGCUUUCGACACCUGGGCACCUAUAAGAGCCACCGAUGUACGCCUGCAGAGUGACUCCUGCCUUACAGAUGUGAUGUCCAAGUACUGACAUGAUAAAAUACUCAUAAAUAGGCCAUGAGUUAAUAUGAGUAAACAUUUAACAAGAGAAUUGACUGACUUACCAGGAUCGUCUGGAGGCAUUGAUGAGGCCACCAAAGGUUCUGGUUCUUCAGUAGUUCUGCAUAGCGGUGCCUCCUCUUUUUGUCAGCUGUAGGACAUAAAUAACAAAUAUAAAAAUUGAUUCAAAUCAAACACAUGCAAACAUGAGAAAUGAUGAACAAAACCUUUGGCGCCCUCGUGUGGACGAUACGAGUAAUGCAGCCACGUUGGCCUUCACGCUUUGUGCUCCAGUAUACACUACCAGUUACAACAGAGUGUGGAUGCUUAUUUGUGGCCUUGGGUUGGACGCUGCCGCUCGUUCGAAAAGACAGCUGGGAUAGGCUCAAGCACACCCGCAACCCUAGUGAGGACAAGCAGGCCAAGAAAAUGGACGGACGGACAAGCAGUCAAAACAUUUGGACACACUUGCUCAUUCAACAGCAUGAGCAAGCGUGUCCUGGUUUUGACUGGUAAUGUAUGUUAACAGCAGACGUGUAAUCAAGUCCUGUUUAACUUUUAACCCAAUUUAGUGGCCAUUUUAUAUAUUGUAUAAACUCUUAAUAUAUUUUUAAAGGUGCCAAAUAAAAACCCAAAUAAUGUCUGAUGUAAUAGAUCAUUAAAAAACAAUGGAAGCAA